AUCAUCAGAACCCGGAGUUAACACUUACCUGCACACGGAUUAGCUGACUCCUUUGACAAGUGUAUGGAACUGCCAGCUCUCUGCUUGCUGCACUUUUCCUUCCUGGGAGGAGAAAGAGGCCUAUGAAAUUCGAGGAAAAUGCCUCGGACGAAGCAGAUACAUCCCAGAAACCUGAGAGACAAAAUUGAAGAAGCACAAAAACAACUUAAUGGAACAGAAGACCAACAGAGAGAAAUCGCAGAUGCUGGCACUAGAGGAACCUCAGAUGCAAUUAAGGGCGUGAAGAGGAAAAAGAUUGUAACCGAAAACCACCUAAAAAAAAUACCCAAAUCGCCCUUGCGAAGCCCCGCUGAAGCCAAGAUCAAACAAAACACAGAGCCUUCCCCCUCGAAAGCCCUUCCAGAAGCCUCGGAGGCCGGCAAGGCGCAGAGCGCCCUACCUGUGCAGAAUGGGAGCCGGUGCAGCAAGCACAACGGGGCAGCGCCCGGCCAGGAGGCCAGCGCCGAAGCAGCCGUGCCGGAGCCGCCCGGGCAGGCGAAGCUCUCGCUGGGGCCUCCCUCCUCCUCGGAGCUCAGCAAACAGACAGGGGCGGAUUCGGAUGCAAAGCGGCUGAACUCGCCGGAGAAGAAGGCCAACUCCUUACCAAACAAAGCAAAGACUGACAGUGAUGAAUGUAUUCCUUUUGAUGCUGGCUGUGCUGCGGCCCCGUGCGCGCGCACGGCCUUCGACGUGUUGCUGAAGGCCAUGGAGCCGGAGCUGAACACCUUGGCACAGGAGUGCCCCCCUUACGGGGUGCAGGUAGAGAAAUUGAGACCAAAUAGGACUGUAAGCACCUCUUCCAGUCUCACCUCCAAUGCGACGAGUGUCCAGAAUGCCUCUGUUUUGUCACAGCGUGAGUUGUCGGCUGGAUCACACUAUUACCCAUGUGCUUUAAACAGUGUUCAUGUAGCAACAGCAGCUAAGAGCGGGCAAGCACAGAUCCAAUCCAUUUCUCAUUCACAAGACCUCAUUACGAAGACCAGUCAACAGAAUCACCAGGUUGUCGUGUGUCCAAGUUUCACCAGGUCGCUGGUGCAACAGCAGAGCCAAGAAAGCCCCAAACUGCAGCAGAUCUACAGUAUAGCAGUGACCUCUUCCGUCGUUCACACCUCAUCUUCCACAGUAACUCAGGUUUUUCCCCAAAGCCAGUUAGUAGCUAACUCAUCUUCACCUUUGCCAAUUAACACGUCCAGUUCCACACACUUGUCAAUAGGUCCCAUCUACAGCUCGGCCCAGAUAGCGUCAGUUGUAAAUCACGGUGUAGAGCAAAUAUGUAAUCUCCUGAAAGACCAGAAGCCCAAGAAACUGGGGAAAUAUGUGUGUGAGUACUGCAAUCGGGCCUGUGCCAAGCCCAGCGUGCUCCAGAAGCAUAUCCGAUCUCAUACCGGCGAGCGACCUUAUCCUUGUGUGACCUGUGGGUUUUCCUUUAAAACCAAAAGCAAUCUGUACAAGCACAAGAAAUCUCACGCGCAUGCUAUCAAACUUGGGCUUGUCCUACAGCCGGAUUCGGGUGGUCUCUUCUUAUCUCAUGACUCAGACAAAGCUCUUAGUAUCCACUCAGAUGUGGAAGACAGUGGUGAAAGUGAAGAUGAAGGCACUGCUGAUGAAAGACAGGAUGAACAAGAACUGGAGCCUCCACAAAUAGCAAAAGUAAUUUCAGGUUCAGAAACUUUACGGAAAGGAAGCCCGGUUCCACCGAGCAACCCAGACCCUGCAGCAGGUGAUGCCUCAGUAUGUGAUACGGACCCACAAGUAAGGGCAGCUUUACCAAAAGUAGUAGUUCAUCCUGUUAAUGUCUCUCCUUUAAGGGCUGAUAGUCCGAAAGUCACAGAUCCCGCAGCUGAGCUUGCAGCACAGAAGAAAGGGGAGUUUAAAGUGGCAAAUCUUCAGUCAAAUGUAGCACACACCGCCGCCUUCAAGGAGGCUGACGUAAAGCAGCAGAAGGUAGAAGCGGGUCUAUCAGAGGAACAACUGGGGUCUGCAGUAGGAGCUGUGCACGCUCAGCUCCAGAGACAGCAGGCAACUGAUUGCUCCCAGGAUCAGCAAGGAAAAUGCCUUUUGAGCCCUAGGAGUUUGGGUAGUACUGAUUCCGGAUAUUUCUCUCGUUCGGAGAGCGCUGAUCAAACCAUGAGCCCGCCGGCUCCUCUGGUAAGGGCAUUGCCCACCUCUGAAAAAGAUGCAAACAAAAAUCUGCCCUGCGUGCCCCGAGCGAGUGGAAUGGUUGCCUCUGUGGUUCAGACAGUCUGUGCCGACAAAACUUUGAUGCUGUCUGGCCAAAUGCGACCACCCAUGGCGACAAAAACCCUCGAGGAGCGAAUCUCAAAGCUCAUUUCUGAUAACGAAGCCGUUGUGGAUGACAAGCAGCUAGAUAGCGUGAAACCAAGAAGAACAUCCCUUUCCAGGAGAGGAAGCAUAGAUUCACCCAAAUCCUACAUAUUUAAGGAUUCCUUCCAGUUUGACUUAAAGCCCAUGGGAAGAAGGACGAGUUCAAGCUCGGAUAUACCAAAGUCCCCUUUCACACCCACAGAGAAAUCCAAGCAGGUUUUUCUUCUGUCUGUACCGUCCCUUGACUGUUUGCCUAUCACCAGAAGUAAUUCCAUGCCCACUACGAGUUACUCGGCCGUACCUCCCAACGUAAUACCUCCCCCUCAUCCUCUUCGAGGAAGUCAGUCGUUCGAUGACAAAAUUGGCUCUUUGUAUGAUGAUGUCUUUGUAUCAGGACCUGCUACUCCGCUGAACCAAGGUGGGCAUCCUCGGACCCUUGUCCGCCAGGCGGCAAUAGAAGAUUCUUCUACCGGGGAAAGUCAGGCUCUUGGAUCAGUUCGUAAUCUUUCUUCCACCGAAGAAAAUUAUCUUGGAUGUAAUUUAUCAAGUGAAUCAUUGCUGCAAAGGAGCAAGUCGCUGGCGCAAGGAGCAAAUUUAGAAAAGGCAAAGAAGUCGCCCCAAGUGCGGGGAACAAUGUUUGAGUGUGAAACCUGCAGGAACAGAUACAGAAAACUGGAAAAUUUUGAAAACCACAAGAAGUUUUAUUGUUCGGAAUUGCACGGACCUAAAACCAAGGCGGCAAUCCGCGAGCCCGAGCAUAAGGCUGUUCCCAACAGCACACAGCCUCAAAUUCUGCACUACCGUGUCACUGGUUCGACCGGUGUCUGGGAACAGACGCCGCAGAUAAGGAAAAGAAGGAAAAUGAAAAGCGUUGGAGAUGACGAUGACCCACAGCAAAAUGAUAUGAAUAUGUCAUCAAAGAAUGCAGACAGCCAAAGUAAGGCCUCCAAUGCUUCCAGUCUGUCCAAACACAGUGCAGCAGUAGUAGGUUCACAGCAGCAAAGCAACGUUGCUCUUCAAAGUUCACAAAUUCAGCUUGUGGCACGAGGCACGGAUCAGACGACGGAGCCAAAGAUGGCCCCUCUUCUUGAAAAGCAGGCGAGCUCAGUUGCGCAAGAAAAAGUGGAGCUGAAGAGGCAAGGGACUGGCAUUUCGGUCAUACAGCACACAAAUUCCCUGAGCCGAAACAGCUCCUUUGAGAAAUCGGAGUCUUUUGAAAGGGUGUCCCCAGUUUCUUUUCAAGAGCCCAACAAAGUGGCCAAGCACUGCUCUUUGAAUGCAAUUGCAAGCCAAGAGGAUAGGCACUGUCACCUGAGUACUUCCCAGCAUCACCAGGCGCUGUCUUCGGAAGGCCCUCGGGGGGAAGCGCGGGGCGGGCGGGGGGUUUCUCACGAGAGAAGUGCCCCGCUGCAGCCCUCAAGGCUUGUUCGCCAACAUAACAUCCAGGUUCCUGAGAUACUCGUCACGGAGGAACCAGACAGGGACCAAGAAAACCAGUGCAGCGACCAGGAAAAGGCGGAGAGAUUUAACUGGCCACAGCGUAGUGAAACCCUGUCCAAAUUGCCCACGGAGAAGCUCCCACCAAAGAAGAAGAGAAUUCGCCUGGCUGAAAUGGAGCAUUCGUCUGCCGAGUCGAGCGUUGACUCCACGCUCUCCAGGAGCCUAAGCCGGGAGAGCAGUUUGUCCCAUGCCUCCAGCUUUUCAGCUUCGCUGGAUAAAGAUGAAAUUUCCAAGGCUGAGAAUCCUUCCAAAAUAGAGCUCCUUAGUAAGUCAACGGAAUUUCUUAUGAUUCCUGCUGGCUCUAAUGUGCUAGGAGUGCCAGGUCCUCAUUACAGGGAAAUGAGACGUGCUGCCUCCGAGCAAAUCAGCUGCACGCAGCCAUCAAUGGAGGUGGUGGACUACAGGAGUAAGUCUUUUGACUGUGGAAGCGUGUCCCCACCGACACCUGCCUCGCUUGUAGAGGCAGCCGCUCCAAAACUGUCCUCUGGAAAUGGUGCUACUGGACACGUGCCUCUGCUAGAAAGGAGGAGGGGACCAUUUGUAAGACAAAUAUCUUUAAAUAUUGCUCCAGAAAAUCAUCAGCCUCAAGUUAAAUCCUCUUCCCUUCCGGCGGCUCAGGCUGCGGAGGCGCCCGCGGUGCCGUUCCGUAGGCUGCAGAGCUCGGGCAAGUCGGCCAGGGAGUUUCCUUCCAGCCCUCAGCAUUCACAGGCUCCCCCCAGGCCUCACGCUGCAGGUCCGAAUUGCAACCCUGUUAGCCUGCCUUCCGCUCAGCAGCCUCCAGACCCUGUCUUGAGUGGUCUGGGGCAGCCCCCCUUGCAUGAGCCUUCCCAGGCGCCUACCAAAACCUCAGCCCAAGGGGAACAAGCACAUACGUACCCGCUUUCGUGUCACCCCGCUGAAAGAAAGGACUGCUUUGCACCGAAGUAUCAGCUUCAAGUUAAAACCUUGCACAUAGGUCAGCCAUUCACUUCCAAGCUGCUAAAAAAUACUUUAGCAACGCAGACCGUUCCGUGCCAGGCUGGGGCGGACCAGGAUGCUUCUCCCUUUGAAAUGCAGGCUAAGUUGCCCGAUAAUACGUCCAAUCCGUAUUCCGUGCCUCCCCUAAAACAGAUUAUCCCCAACAACUGCAGCAGCCAGAUGCAUCAAAUUGCUCCUUUUGUGGUUCCUGUCCGAAUCCAUAGCAGCGUGCCCUCCUACGGCUUCGCCACUGUUACACCCCUGCCUCACAUUUUAGUGACCCAGGAGCAGGUAACUCCAUCUGUAUGUAAAUCGAACGCUGUGUCGGUGCCAACGCUUGAAGGUAAAACUCAGCUGCCAAAACCUCACAAAGACUGUCCGAGGACUUUGCCAAAUUCUUUUGAAUUUGAAAACUCGCUACCUGAUAACGGAACCAGAAAUUCGCCCUUGUCUGGCUCUUUGAAUAUUAUUCAGAAAGUGCCAGUAAGCGGUCUCUUCCCUCAGCAGGAAGCGACAGCUUCAAGCAAGCGGAUGCUUUCCCCGGCCAACAGUUUAGAUAUUGCCAUGGAAAAACAGCAAAAACGGGUUAAGGACGAGAGCGGAGCUGCCUGCAUGACAGAUGCUAGACCCUUGCACUGCCUGAGCCUUCGGUCUGGUGACCCCCCUAGUAAGCAAAAGAAGCCAGUUUUGGUGAGGCAGGUGUGCACCACGGAGCCGCUGGAGGGUCACCUCUUGGAUGCCGAUGGUGUUCCACAGCCGGAAAAAAGCGGCAAAGCUGGUGCUGCAGAGGCGCUGCUGCCCGAGGGCCUGUCGGAAACGGGCCUCUCGGAAGGCCUGAAGGAGCCCCCAGAGCCAGGCGACCUUACGUUGUCGGCAUCCGCAGCGCUUGUCCUUAGGAAAGCAUCGGAAUCGUCUCCAGGGAACAAGCAGAGCUCCCUCCCAAAGCCUCUCAGUGGCGGCCAAGAAGGAAGGUCUCCGAGUGCUGGUAACGAGAGCCAGGCGAGCGGCGGCCAGGGUGCAGCCAAGGCCGUGGCCACGUUGUCCGCGGGGGAGCUGCAGCGGUUGUCCUUCCCAAGCCUCAAGACCUCCACGAAUUUCACCUGGUGUUACCUCACGAAGAGAAAACCGUUGCAUCUGCUGCAGAACGACCAGAAGAUUUCAGCCUAUUCCGCGUGGACCAUUAGCCCCAGCAAUCCCAACCCCCUGGGUUUGCCCACAAAGGUGGCCCUCUCCCUCCUCGAUUCCAAGCAGAAGGUUGAGAAGCUGCUCUACACCCAAGCCCGAGCCACCCACCCCAGAUCCGAUAUACUGGUCUAUUCAAGCAAGUGGAAGAACAGCUUAACCAAGCGAGCAUUAAAUAGGAAAAAAAUGAUUGCAAGUGAAUUCAGCAAUAAGGAUAACUCUGAAUCAAGCACUGAGCACGAUAAAGAAAAUUCCUUUAUCAAAACUGAACCAAGAAGAGUUAAAAUCUUUGAUGGAGGGUAUAAAUCAAAUGAAGACUACGUGUAUGUUCGGGGGAGAGGAAGAGGCAAGUACAUCUGUGAGGAAUGUGGUAUACGGUGCAAGAAGCCCAGCAUGCUGAAGAAACAUAUUCGCACCCACACAGAUGUCCGUCCUUACCAUUGCAACUACUGCAACUUCUCCUUCAAAACUAAAGGAAAUCUGACAAAACACAUGAAGUCAAAGGCACACAGCAAGAAGUGUAUGGACUUGGGAGUCUCAGUAGGCUUAAUAGAUGACCAAGAUGGAGAAGAAGAAUUUGGUGAGAAGCCGAGGUUCGGCUGCGAGCGGCCAGCGUUCGACGCCGACGAGUCGGACGGCGCCGACGAGGACGACAACGACAACGAGGAGGACGACGAGGACAGCCAGGCCGAGUCGGUGCUGUCGGCGGCGCCCUCGGUGGCGGCCAGCCCCCAGCACCAGCCGUCGCGGCAGGGCCUGCACGAGGCCGCCGACGAAGAGCCCCGCCUGGCCGACUGCCUCGCCGGCCUUCACGCCGACUCCAUGGACGGCCUGCCCAAAGCGCUGCUCACCAAGAUGACCGUCCUCAGCGCCGUGCAGUCCGUCGGCAGGGCCUCCUCCGCGUCCCCGGGGGAGUUCAGCCCGCAGGAAGCGGCGGACGACAAAGCGCCCGAGAGGGGAGCGGGUGCCCGGAGCGCGGCCGCGCCGGAGGCUCCUCCUCGCUCCCCGGGUCGGCAGAUGUCGGUGGAUUAUCCCGAUCCGGACGCAGCCUUGGGGCACUCGCUGAUGUCAACUGCGGUUCUUACAAAGAGCGCUCCCUGUGCCAGCUCUCCCUCGUCGCCGCCGGAGCGGAGCGCGCCGGCCCCGGCGCCGCCGGCCUACGCGGAGGAGCGGCCGCCCGGCUGCCCGCGGCUCCCGGCGGAGCCGCCGCCGCCCCACAGCCGCCUCUUCAGCCACCUCCCCCUGCACUCGCAGCAGCAGCAGCAGCAGCAGCAGCAGCGGCCGCAGCAGCAGGAGGCCCGGGCGCCUUGCGGCGUGCUGCCGGUCGGGGGCAUUCAGGUGGUCCCUGCGGGCCUGGCCGCCUACUCCACGUUCGUGCCCAUCCCGGCGGGCCCGGUGCAGCUCACGAUUCCCGCCGUGAGCGUCAUCCACAGGACGACGAGCGCGCUGGGCGACGCGGCCGGCGUGGCGCCCGCCGCCGCCAACCCCGUCGGGGUCGCGGAAGUGAACAGCGUCGUGCCGUGUAUUCCCAUAGGUCAGAUUAACGUGCCAGGCAUCCAGAGCCUCGGCGCGCCGAGUUUACAGCCCCUGCCGCCCUUAGGCGUGGAGACGGUGAAUAUCUUGGGCCUGGCAAACACGAACUUAGCCCCACAGAUCCGCCCGUCGGGAAUUACUCUAAAUACGCUAAAUGUGGGGCUGCAAGUUUUGACUGCCAACGCUUCUCCACAGAGCAAUCCCAGCCCUCAGACGCACAUUCCAGGUUUGCAGAUUCUGAACAUAGCGUUGCCCACGUUAAUCCCUUCCGUCAGCCCCGCAGGCGUUGAUGGACAAGGAGCUCCCGAAGCGCCGGCCUCCAGUAGCAAAGCCUGCGACGUCCAGCAGGAGCUGCCCGCCGGGAGCUUCCCAGCAGCCGACACCAGCCAGGGCCCCGGGGCUGCUUCUCCACAGGCUGCUCCCAGUGCCCAGCGGUACGGCGCGAAAAGCCUUUCGGAGCCCGCCCCUCCGAGCGACUACGAAAGACCUCGUGGGCCAGGGAAAGCGGACGUGGAAAAGAGCGACCUUGCCAAUCACCUCCAGCCCAAGGGUGAGGUCCCUUGCGGGCAGGUGACGCGGGCUUUGGCAGCAGAGCCCCGCUUAAAGGUGAAUUCUGACGUUCUGCCCAAGUCCCCGGUGCAUCGAACUGCCUCUCCAGACAGACAGGUACACAGGCCAGCAGCCUUGCCCCGCAGGCAAAACACGGUGCAGUUUAGUGAUGGCAGCAGUGACGAUGAGGAUAGACUUGUAAUAGCAACCUAGUUUUUGUUUUUCGUUGUGUUUAUUAUUAUUUUUUUUUUUUUUAUAACACUUACAGGUUUCUUGGUAAACCUUCCUUUCCUUAAAGCACAUUUUUUUCUGACACAAACCCAUUACUAAUCUUUGUGCAAUCAUGAACUCUUGACCAAUAAUUGUUGUUUCUUGUCAGCUCCAGCCAUUUUUGUACAUGUUGUAUAGACGAUUGUGCCUUUUUGGAGUUUUAUGUUUAGAAACCUGUACAGAUUGUUGAAUAUAUAUAUAUAAAAUAUAUAUAUAUAAAAUAUGUAUAUUAAAACCAAGUAGUUGCUUGUGUUUAGUAAGUAAACAUCUUAUGUCAGAUAAAUAAAGGAUUAAAUUAUAUGUUGCACUGUUAAAUGUAAAUUUUUAUGGCUGUGGGACAAAGUUUCUGUGUACAGAUCUAGUAUGUAAAACUCCAUAUUUAUUGUAUCCAUACUAGUCUUGGAAAAGGGUCUGUCCAUCUUUCUUGUGUAAGACGGUAGCUUUACACUUCAAAGAGAAAUACAGUAUCUGUGUUAUGGAAUAUUACAGUAAAAUUUUGUUUACUGACUUUA